GGUGCCCAGGGGAGGGAGGUAGUGACCAUGGUGUACUCACAGAAGAUGGUCACCAGAGCCCAGAUGAAGAUGAAGAGGAGGAGGAUGAUCUCCCUAGAAGCUUCUCCAUGCCCCUCAAGGAAGAGGAGAAGCUGCAAGGGAAUGAGAAGCAGCAGGAACCGAGCAACAACAAUAGUGUGAGGUGUAAAGUAGCUCCUCGCCCAACAAGUAACCCAGUAGCCUUCACUCCCUAUGACUUGACCUUACCUUGGCCAACAAGACGAGAGAAUGGGAUAUGUGGUGAAAUUCGGGGGAGGACUUUAGAAGGCGGGUGUCUCGCACUGACAUCAGAGUCUCGCCUGGAUGAACAGAGUGCUUCUUCAAGUGCACUGGAAAGUCUCUCUCCUGGUGGUCGAGGCGGUGAACUGGACGUUACAGCAGCAGAUGAAGCAUUUCGUACCCGUUCACUACCAGCCUGGGUCAGGAACAAGACCCGCCCCCUCACUGCCUUAGAUGACCUUAAUACUAUCUAUGAGAAGGUAAUCAUUAACCUGAAUUUUGAUCCCCUUUCCCCAGUCCUCUCACUGCCUUAG